AAAAUGGAUUAAGAAUCAUCUCAAAAGGUGAGACUCAACGCCAAUACUAAAUUAGCUAUUAAACAAAUAAUUGUGUAUGAUCAAUUCUCAAACUUUUUUGCUUCCUUAAUUAAAAUGUAUUCAACUCCAGAUCAUAUUUGUGCCUAUGCAGCAACGGCUAAUAUAAGAAUUAUCUAACAGUAUGGGACUAAAGAAGGAUUGAUUAAAUUGUAGGAAAUGAACCUUGUUAAAGCUUAUAUGGAAGAAAUGAUGGAUUUUACAUUUAAAUCUAGAAUGGACUAUGCAAAGUAACAAUGGAAGAAUGACAUAAAUAAGAUUAAACAAUAUUGUUAAGAUUGGGUAGCCAACUAUGAAUUAAGUGAUUAUUUGAAAACAUUGGCUCUUGAAAAUGUUUAUGUCUUCAGACAUGUAGGAUUGUUUCACCCUUAACUGUUUGAGAAGACAAAAAAUCAAGAGAGAGAGAGAAUCAUUAAGGAUGAAACUCCUUUUAAAAAUGAUCCUUAUUUUAUCUAUUAUCCAAAGGAGGAUAAAUAUAUUAGCAAAAAGGAAUUUCAAAUCCAAGAAAAUCACCUCUAUAUAUUUGACACUAUGGGUCAUUUUGUAUGUGGAUGGGUGAAAAAAAAAGAUAAAAACAACAAGGAUAUCACUAUUUUAGAAACAAUCCCACAUCUUGAUACCAAAAAUAAUAAAAAUUUACAUAUAUUUUUUGGGUGA